AUGUCUAUCAUCCAAGGUUUCAAAUGGUACGUGAAGGGAAAACCUUUUUCUUUUUUUCUGCUUGCUCCUUCCCUUUACCACCCAAAACGUGAGGGCAAUGCGCCGAUCAGCGUUCAAAUCAGUCCAUCAAUUUAUUCGGAGACACGACACCAAUCGCGUUUUAAUCUAUCUAUCUAUCUAUCUAUCUAUCUAUCUACAAAAGUCUUUGAUCAAUAUCUAUCUAUCUUCUAUCUAUCUAUCUAUCUAUCUAUCUACAAAGUCUAUCUAUCUAUCUAUCUAUCUAUCCUAUCAUCAAAGUCCGUUAAUCUGUGUUCUAUCUAUCUAUCACAAAGUCUGUUCAUAUCUAUCUAUUACAAAGCUGUUCAUAUCUAUCUAUCUAUCUAUCAUAUCUAUCCAUCUAUCUAUCUAUCUAUCUAUCUAUCUCUAUCUAUCCAAGUCUUUAAUCUAUCUAUCUAUCUAUCUAUCUAUCUAUCUAUCACAAAGUCUGUUCAUAUCUAUCUAUCUAUUACAAAUCCAUCCACAGUUCCAUCCAUCCGCUCCAUGAUCUAUCUAUCUAUCUAUCUAUCCAUCCAUCUAUCUAUCUAUCUAUCUAUCACAAAGUCUGUUCAUAUCUAUCUAUCCAUAUCUAUCUAUCUAUCACAGUCUAUUUAUAUCUAUCUAUCUAUUUCCAUCAUCCAUCCAUCACAGUCUAUCAUCAAAAAUCUGUUCAUAUCUAUCUAUCAUCUAUCUAUCUAUCCAUUCAUCUAUCUAUCUCAUCUAUCUCUCUAUCUAUCUAUUACAAAGCUGUUCAUAUCUAUCUAUCUAUCUAUCUAUCUAUCUAUCUAUCUAUCUAUCUAUCCAUCCAUAUAUCCAUCUAUCUAUCAUAUACAAAGUCUGUUCAUAUCAUCCAUCUAUCUAUCCAUCCAUCUAUCUAUCUAUCUAUCACAGUUGAUCUAUCUAUCUCCGUUCAUAUCUAUCUAUCUGUUCAUCUAUCUGAUUCAUCUUAUCUACAUUGAUAAAGAAGCUGUCUAUAUUAUCUAUCUAAAUCUAUCUAUCAUUCAUCUAUCUAUCACAAAGCCUGUUCAUAUCUAUUUUAUCUAUCUAUUUAUCUAUCUAUCUAUCUAUCUAUCAUCACCAGUCUGUUCAUAUUUUUCUAUCCCUAUCUAUCUAUUUAUUUUUUCUAUCAAAGAUAUCCAUGUUUUUGUUGGAUUUCAUAUCUAUCUAUCUAUCUAUCUAUCUAUCUAUCUAUCUAUCUAUCUAUGUGAGGAUGUUUGA